AGCUCCCACCUGGCGCUGAUAGACACCCUGAUGAUGGCGUACACGGUGGAGAUGGUGAGCGUGGAGCGCGUGGUGGCGUGCGUUUCCCGCUUAGGCCCCGCCCAUAGUGACCUAGGCCCCGCCCACAGCGACCAACACCUGGACGAGCUGCCCUACGACACGGAGGAAGCUAUCACCACCUGGAUCAACAAGGUAAACGGUCACCUGAGAGACAUUCUUGUUGAGGAGCAGAAAGUGAGAGAGAGUUCCUGUCCAGAUGCCACCACAGCAGCACACAAGUCUCGGUACCGGAGGGAGGCUGGCCAGCGCGUCGCUCCCCUGCUCCCCCUGGUGGACAGCCUGCUGAAAGACAACACCGACGGCUGUGCCCUGGCCGCGCUGCUGCACUACUACUGCCCCCGCACCCUGCCUCUGGAAGACGUGUGUCUGAAGGAGACCAUGUCGCUGGCUGACAGCCUGUACAACCUGCAGCUGGUUCAGGACCUCUGCAGGGACAACCUGAACCACUGCUGCCACUUCAGCCUGGAGGACAUGCUGUACGCCCACGCCUCCAUCAAGAGUAACUACCUGGUGUUCAUGGCUGAGCUGUUCUGGUGGUUUGAGGUGGUGAAACCAUCGUUUGUUCAGCCCCGAGUCUUCAACCCUCAAGCAUGUGAGCCAGUAGGGGGUGUGGCUCCUGUGUGCAGCCCAGCCAAUCACAGUAAGGCUGACACACCAGGCAGCCCAGCUGAUCACAGACAGGCGGUGUCACCUGGUCUCCCGGACAACGCCAGCCUCACACCAAACUACACUCCUUCAGGCAUCAUCAGGCGGUCAGCUUCCAUGUCCUACGUGGAUGGAAGUGUGGGGACCUGGCCCAAGGAGAGACGUUCCUCCUCCAGGGGCAUCUCCUUUGAGAUCCCGCUGGACGGCGACCCCAGCGCUGACCCCUGCGUGACCCCGUCCCCCCGUGGGAUGAGGCGCUCGGCCAGCAGCGAGGGUCUGGGAGGGUUCAAAGUUCACCACGCCUCCCGGGGCGCCAUGCGGCGGCACGUGUCCCUCCCCCCCGUCACCGUUAACGGCCAGGCCGCGGGCAGACACAUACCGGAGGAGGAGGAGGACAGCAGCUCUCGGGACUCCAACUCCCAGAAGCCCCUGGGGCGGCAGCAGACGUUUACACGCAGGAACCAGAGCAGGUACUCAAACGGGGUCGUCACGGACAACCACCGAGACUCCGACGCCGGUCUCCGCCGUAACCACGGUGGCGGCCGGGCGAGCCCGACCACGCCCCCGAGCAUCGAGGAGGCUCUGAAGAUCAUCCACGCCACGGAGCGCCCGCACGGCACCCUGGGAGCCGGAGACCACGCCUUCUUCCUGCACCGUUCCCCCGGCCCUGACCCCGGCCCUGACCCCGGCCCCCGGCCUGCCUCGGUGAUGGGUGGGGCGGACGUGGACGAGCUGACCUCGGCCUCCACGGAGGAGGUGGACACGGAGGAGGUGGACACGGAGGAGGUGGACACGGGGAUCCACGUGAGGACAGAGGACAUCCAGGAGAGCCAGGACGAGGACAGCUCCUCGCUCAGGGACUACUCAGACAUGGACCCCGACUGGGAACCCCCCGGGGGCCGCACCUGCCCCCUGCCCCAGACCCCCGACCGGGAGGGGGAGAGGGGGCGUCCCGGGGGGGCGGGGGGGAGGGAGGGGGGCACGGCCAGCCCCGCCUCGUCCUCCGGGGGCUCUGGGGGGGUGCGCAUGACCAGCUUCGCGGAGCAGAAGUUCAGGAAGCUGGAGGGGCGGAGCAGCGGGGGAACCACGCCUGAGAGCUCCGAGCUCAAUGUCCCCUACACACACUCAUCACGGGCCGCCACGCCUGAGGCUCGUAGCCCCGCCCACCCUGCCCAGACGCCCACCUCGGCCACGCCCUCCCCCAGAGACCCCUCCCACAUGCUGGCGUCGGAGAUGGUUCACUUGAAGAUGAAGCUGGAGGAGAAACGCAGAGCUAUCGAGGCUCAGAAGAAGAAGGUGGAGGAGGCGUUUACACGGCACCGUCAGAGGAUGGGGCGCACGGCCUUCCUCAACGUGGUGCGGAGGAAGGGAGUCAUCCCCUCCUCCCCGCCCGCUCCCCUCCCGCCCUCCCCGGGCCCCGGGGACCCCGGGCUGGGCCGGGCAGAGAGGUGCAAGCCUGACGGGGCCGCCCCCAAGUCCCCCUGCGAGGAUGGCGGAGGUGCAUCUCCAGGAGAGGUGGACCUGGUGGAGUACACCCACUCCAUCGAGAGGCUGAACACGUCU